CUCUCGCGCGCCAAACCAAGGCGUGGGGCUCUGUGGGCAAGCUGCACCUCCUGCUCCCUGAAAAAAAAGACAGGUGUUCUUAAACUUCUGUCGGAUUCGUCCCAUCCUCCAGACGGACACGCUUGCUUUAUAAAGGCAACGCAACGUCAAGCACCCAAUUCAGUUUUCCCUCCUCCCAUCCCCCCAAUUCCCAGAACCCCAUCCGCAGUCGCACAGCGCGACUUUCUCUGGCAGAACCCUGCGCCUUGCCCCUCAAUAAUUUUGGCAAUUGUUGAACAGACUGCGCAACGAGCCGCCCUGGUUUCUGUGCAACAUGCCCACCCCAAGGAGCCUGGCCCUCGGCUUUCUGGCCGCCGCCACUGCUGUCUCGGCCUCUGAUGUCGUCCAGCUCAAGACGGACACCUUCGAUGAGUUCAUCAAGGGCAACGACCUGGUUCUGGCCGAGUUCUUCGCGCCCUGGUGCGGCCACUGCAAGGCUCUUGCGCCCGAGUACGAGGAGGCUGCCACCUCGCUCAAGGAGAAGGACAUCAAGCUCAUCAAGGUCGACUGUACAGAGGAGGCGGACCUGUGCCAAAAACAUGGCGUUGAGGGCUACCCGACCCUGAAGGUUUUCCGCGGCGCCGACAACGUUUCUGCCUACAAGGGCCAGAGGAAGGCUGCUGCCAUCACAUCCUACAUGGUCAAGCAGUCGCUCCCGGCUGUGUCGCUUCUUACUAAGGACUCGCUUGAGGACUUCAAGAAGGCCGACAAGGUUGUUAUCGUUGCCUACAUCACCGCCGAUGACAAGGCCUCGAACGAGACCUUCACCAAGGCCGCCGAGAAGCUGCGCGACAACUACCCUUUCGGCGCCAGCAACGAGGCUGCCCUGGCCGAGGCCGAGGGCGUCACUGCCCCCGCCAUCGUGGUCUACAAGUCCUUUGACGAGGGCAAGUCCGUCUUCAAGGAGAAGUUCGACGUCGAGGCUAUUGAGAAGUUCGCCAAGACGGCGGCCACUCCCCUGAUCGGCGAGGUCGGUCCUGAGACCUACUCCGACUACAUGUCGGCCGGUAUUCCCCUGGCAUACAUCUUCGCCGAGACUGAGGAGGAGCGCAAGACACUCAGCGACGCCCUCAGGCCCAUCGCCGAGAAGCACCGGGGUGCCAUCAACUUUGCCACCAUUGAUGCCAAGGCUUUUGGUGCUCACGCUGGCAACCUUAACCUGAAGGUCGACAAGUUCCCCGCCUUCGCCAUCCAGGAAACCAGCAAGAACACCAAGUUCCCCUACGACCAGGAGAAGGAGAUCACCCACGACGCCAUCUCCAAGUUCGUCGAGGACUUUGUUGCGGGCAAGGUUGAGCCCAGCAUCAAGUCUGAGCCGAUCCCCGAGAGCAACGACGGCCCCGUCAAGGUUAUUGUCGCCAAGAACUACGAUCAGAUCGUUCUCGAUGACUCCAAGGAUGUCCUGGUCGAGUUCUACGCCCCGUGGUGCGGACACUGCAAGGCUCUGGCUCCCAAGUACGAGGAGCUUGGCGAGCUCUUCGCCAAGAGCGAGUUCAAGGACAAGGUCGUCAUCGCCAAGGUUGACGCUACCGCCAACGAUGUCCCGGAUGAGGUCCAGGGCUUCCCCACCAUCAAGCUCUUCGCCGCCGGCAAGAAGAGCGAGCCCGUCACCUACAGCGGCUCGCGCACCAUCGAGGACCUGAUCACCUUCAUCAAGGAGAACGGCAAGUACAAGGCCGAGGUCUCUGUUGCGGCUGAGAAGGAGACUCCAGUCGCCCAGGCUGCCACGGAGAAGGCUGAGUCCACCUCGACCGGAACUGCGGCCGAGAAGGAGACCGAUGUCCAUGACGAACUCUAAAUGAUAUGGCUUUCCGUAUUCCUUUUCUUUACACCGGGGGGCACACGAUUUUUCUCAUGUAAAAAAAUACCAGGGACUAGGUUACGAGAAUGGACACUUUUGCAAUGAAUUGACUUAGUCGAGCACUGGCCGCUUGAGUAAGAUGCACCCUUAUUUAGACGUCUAAGCGAAUGCAGUCUGUAGGUAUGCUUCAGCCGCACUGCACUGCACGCA